AUGUGUUCAGCAAAUGAAGAGAAUAAAGCGGUUACCAAUUUUAGAAAAUACUUACAAAUACCCACUGUCCAUCCUAAUGUUGAUUAUAGUAAGUACCUACUUAUCUGCGUAUUUUCAUUUUUAUGUUUAGUUUUUCAAUUAAAUUUCGUGCAUACCUAAAUGGCUAAAUGUCCUGUUAAUAUUUUAAUAUCUCACAAAUUUAAAAUUUUUAGUCAUUAUAACAAUAGGAAAAUGUUGGUUUUAAUGACAAAUUAAACACUUUUACAGAUGCAGGGGUUGGUCUAAUUUGUUUGAAUUAGAUAGGUAGGUAUAUUUUUAUUUCUGUUUUGCAACUUUCCUCCAUUAGGUAUUACCAUCUACUUUUCUCUUCAAUUGUAAGCUAAAAUUGUAUCUUUAAUCUUUCAUAAUUUGAUUCAUAUAUUCUUAUCUUAGGUCUUUUUAUGUAAUUUUUCCAUUGAACAGUUCUAUAAUUAAUUUCAGCAAGCUUCUAUAUUUGAUUAUGUGUCCAUCUUCUUAAACAGCUUUUCCAUAGUGUUUUUCUUUUUGGUAUUUUAUUUAGUACUUCUUCAUUUGUUAUUUUCUCUAUACUGUGUUCAAUGUAUACAUUGAGAGGAGAACGUAGAGGAUGUAGGUACAUGAAAUAAUUAGACUCAACUCUGAGUAUUGUAAUAAAAAACAUAGGUCCAAUAAUUAUUCUUCACAAAAUUAUUUUCUAAGUACAAAUUUUUAUUUUAGGCUUUAUGAGCUAAAUGUCUCAAAAAUGGCUCAAAAUUAAUUAGGUUACAAUUAUUUUAAUUUUUAAUCAUUUUAAAAAUAAAAAGUAUAAUUAAUAUAAAUAAAAAAAAAUUUAGCAAUAACUUAUAUUUUAAACUAUGUCCCUUAAAAUCUAAUUAUAUUGUGGUUGUUGUAAUCCUUUACAAUUUUGAAAAUUAUUUUGUCAACAUUAACCAAUUUUUUUAAAUUUUUUGGAGAACUAUUUCCAGCUUCUAUUUGUUGAUAAAAUGUAUUACUUCCUGACUGAACCUUUCUUAAGUUUUUAAUAAAUGCCCACAUUAUCUUUAUAACUACUGAUUAUUUGGGGAUAGCCCGAAUGUAUCCCCAAUUUCAUCGACAAAUUAUAUUAAAUUGUCUGCAAUCGUACCGAUAAAUCCGAAGUUAUAGGUAUCCAUUUUAUAUUUAAUAUUACAAUAUUUUGCUAUAUGCUGUAUAUUAAAUAUAUGUCAAAACUGCUUUACGCUAAACCUGUCUCAUGCUAAAAUAGCUUUCACCAAAAUGGUUUACAACAACAUGGCCACGCCAAGAUAUCCUAAACUGAAUUUCUUGACAUUAUCCUUCCAUCUUUUCCGCGGUCUUUCUCUUGGUAUUGGUGCUCUCAUUAUAUAUGUCAAUGUUUUUUUUAUACCUUUUUCUAUCGGCCUUCCCAUUCUAUCCUUCUGCCUCUGAUGAAUUGCAUCACUAAUUCUCUUUUGUAAUGUCUGGUUUAUACGAUGCGUAGUAUUUGUCAUUAGUACUUGUUAAUCGCUGGUAUAGUUUGGCGUUAGUUCUUAUUUUCUAUUUUUAUUCAGUUUUGUUUACGGAUCCGUAAAUUUAUCUUAGAACUUUUCUCUCACCAAAACGGAAUUUGUCAUCACCUCUCGUCGUUGCCCAUGUGGCACACGCAUAUGUCAAUACAGGACGGAUAUAAAUUAUGCAUCUUCUUUUGGUUCGCUUGACAACAUUUUGGAUUUAAAGAGGGAUUCAGUGCAUAAUGGCAUCGGUUAACAGCACCUAAUCUGAUAUUGAUCUCUCCAUGCAUGUUGAUUUGGCUAUCUAGGUACUUGAACUCUUUAACUUGUUCAAAGAUGUUAUUUUUCACGUAGAGAUUAGUACAAUCACCUCCUCCUCGUUUUACCAUCAUGUAUUCAGUUUUUCCACUAUUGAUUUUUAACCCAAUACCUCCUAUCUUUAUCAGAUCUUCAACAAUAUUCUGAAUACCCUUUCAUGACCAAUAUGCUGGUAAGACAUUUCCUUCGUCAAGGUUUAAUGUUUCAGUUUGUGAUAUUUUCCUUAUUACACUUUCCAGUGCUAUAUUGAAAAGCACUGGUGACAUCAUAUCCCCUUGUUUCAAUCCACUAUUAAUUAUAAAUGAAGAUGAUAUCUCUCUGUUCACCUCGACUCGGCUGCUAGUCUUCGUGUUACACAAUUGUACCAUGUUGAUUAGUUUAGUUGGUAUACACAAUAUUUAAGAAUUUUCCAUAGAAUUUUCUGUUUAUGCUGUUGUAGGCUUGUUUGAAAUCUACAAAUAUCACACGUAGGUUUCGCGAAUUCGUAUUUUUUUUCCAUAAUUUGCAGUCUUAUGACAAAUAUGUGAUCAGUAGUUGAUUUAUUUAUCCUGAAUCCGAUUUGGUAGUUGUUUAUAAUCUCAUCUGUAUAUAUUAGCAAUCUUUUGAGUAUGAUUAAUAAUAAUACCUUAAAUUCAGUGUUCAACAAUGUUGAUUUUCUGUUAUUUCGGUAACCUUUUUUUAAAAUUGGAAAUAUCAAUGACAUUUAAAAAAAAAAAAUACUGUUUUUGUAGUUUGUUUUUAAUGUUAGGUAAAUGUGUAGAAUUUUUACAAUUGCAAGCUAAAAGUAUGGGCUUACCAUCAUCAGUCCACUAUAUGGCACCAAAAAAACCUGUUGUAAUAAUUACAUUUCAAGGACAAAAACCUCAAUUAGAAUCUCUUUUGCUUACCUCUCAUAUGGAUGUUGUACCAGUUUAUCCAGUAGGUAUUUACGUUUAGAUCUCUAUAAAUAUUUAUUUUAUCAAUAAUAUGUAAUAAUUAUUUACCUAUAGGAAAAAUGGACGUAUGAUCCAUUUUUGGCUUACAAAGAUGAAAAAGGAAAUAUAUAUGCUAGAGGAACUCAAGAUAUGAAAAGUGUCGGUAUACAAUAUUUAGAAGCGAUACGAAGAUAUGUUAAUGAGAAAUUAACUUUCGAUAGAACUAUACAUGUAUCAUUCAUGCCUGGUAUAUUUAUUGUAUAUAGUUUUAAAAAUUAAAAAAUAAUACCUACCUAACCUAGAUAUUAUACCAUUAAUGGACUUAUAUUUCUGUAUAAUUAUUUAAAUGAUACGUAAAUACUACAUAAGUAUAAAUUGUAGGUACAUAUCUAUCUACAAAGUUUUAGUUCUAAAUAAAUUUAAACAUAACUUUUAUUAAAAAUUAAAUAAAAACUUCUUCAUUGCAAAUCUUUCUUACAUUGUUCAAAAUUGAUAAAAAUGUGAGUUUUUAGGCAUGCUCACUUUAUUUUACAGUUUAAUUAUGCGUACAUAUUUAGAUUCUGAUUUUUGGAUUUUUAAGUGUAGUUAAAGACAAUAUUUUUGAAUAAUUAUAAAUUUCACAUUUAAAGAGUAUAGGUACUUUGGUGAUACCAACUUUGAUUUUUAAACGAGAACACACAUAUUUUUUUUAUUUUAUUUUAAAUAUUAAGGAUAAUAAUUGAUAGGUAGUAUAUUUUAAACACAUUGUUAACCUCUAAGAGUUUGUUAAAAUUAAUAGAUCAUUUUGUAAUAUUGUUCAAUUGAGUGAGUAUUUUUACUAUUAGUAGAAUCUAGGUACAUACCUAUAAGAAAAUAUGUUAUGUAACAUAGUAGAAACCUAAUUAAAAUUACUAAAUUUACACAGUCGUAAGUAUUUUAAAUGUAUUUAUAGUAGACUAUUAUCUUAGUAUUUAAAGUACAACUCAAAAACUGUUCAUUCAAAUUUCAGUUACAAUACGUUGUCAUUUUCAGAAGAGUUAUCCAAUUCAUAAUUUGCGUUGAACUAUGCAGAUUCUAAUUUAAAAAUUAAAGUUUGUAUUGCCAACAAGGUACUCCUUAAAUUGUAUGACUCUUCUAUUUUUUUUCGGUUUAAAGAAUUGGUUAAUAUUGAUCGUACAUUUUAUGGUUAUUCUAAAGAUAAAGCUGGUUUUCAAAUUAAUAAAAUUGGUUAAUUUUGAAAUUGUUUUUUUUAAAACAACACUGUAUAAUAUUAUAACAUGUAACUAUGUAAAUACUAAAUGGAGUAUAUAAUUUAUCUACUACUAUAAAAAUAAAAAAAUAAAACAGCUAUCCUAGAAUAAUGAAACAAUAGAAUAAUGUGCAACUACUAUUAUAGGUAAUUUAAUGAAUACUUGUAAGCAAUGAUAAACCAAGGCUAACGAAAAUACGAUUCUGAGGGGAGUUCAGUCGAUAGUAAUGCUUUGUCAACAAUAUAUAUGUCAUACUAUGGUAAAAUAAUUAAAUCGGCAUUAUAUAUUUUUUUUAAUAAUAUUUGUUUAAUUGUUUACCGAGUUCCCCGUUUUUACACAUUUCCUGAGAAAACGCCUGAGAAUAUCAAAAAAUGACAUUCUAAAAGUACUUUCCCUGUCAGAUUUCCUUUCAGAAAAGAUGCUACACUUAAAAAUCGGAGCAAAAUCACUGAUAGAAAUAUUGUCCAUAGAAAAAAAAAAUGAACAUCUUUGUAUAAAAUAAGCUUCUUCGCUCCAUUCUGAAUCCACUUAAAACUAAUAACAAGACAAAAAUAAUCAGAGUUAACACAAUUGACGACAAUUACCUAAUUUAAACAUUUUAAAUUAAUAUGAAAUACUAAAUAAUACUAAUAACGAAAUAACUGUACCUAACAACUAAUAGUACCAAUUACUAUUGAGGUAAAAAACUACAAAGUAAAAGAAAAGAGAAAUAACCGAGGUGAAGGAAAAAUGUUUAACAAAUAUUUGAUAAUAGCACCGACGACAACAAUCGACUGUCUAAUCACAAAAGUAAAAUGUUAAAAAAAUUUCCGUGACAACUGACAGUAUCAUAAUUCAUAAUUAUUCGCAAUAUCAUGCGAAAUUAAUAUCAGCUGCAUUAAAGGAGACAAUUCCCCGGCCAACGAUAUAUAUAUAAUUUAUUAUCUGUAAUCUAUAUUUGUGGCCGUGGCAUUUUAAUUUUUUAGUAGAAUACCAGUGUACCAUAAUCAUUUUUCAUAUUGGAAACGAGUAACUAGUAUAUUAUAAAAAUUAUUAUUAUCAUUAAUUCGUAAUUUAAACCGGUUAUAAAUGGUUUGAAGCCUUGUUUUCAAUUAUAUUUAAAAAUUACCAAAAUCAGAAUUUGAAUAUAAUAUAAAUUAUGCGUAAUUUGAUAAAAAAAAAUUGGAUAACCAAGUUUAAAAAACCACUGCCUAAAUAUAUUAUUAUUAUAAUAUUUUAUCACAUUUUAGAUGAAGAAAUUGGAGGUAUUUUAGGCAUGGCUCAUUUUGUUAAAACAAAUGCAUUCCGUUCAUUGAAUGUUGGAUUUACUCUAGAUGAAGGCUUAGCCAGUAUAAAUGAUGUUAUUCCUUUGUAUUAUGGCGAAAGAACAAUUUUGCGUCAGUAUACUUACUAUAUCUAUGUAUUUAAUUCUUCUUCUUCUUUAUCUUCAUCUCAAGCUAACUAAUUAGGGUCGGAGAUUCUUGUUCUAAACUUCCACUUAAAGUUCCACUUGAUCUCCCAUCUCACAUACACCAGCUAUUCUCAUAUCAUUCUCAAUCGCAUCCAAUUAUAGUGGCGUAAUUGGGGGGACAAGGAACACUCACUUCCUUUGAAAUUGUGUAGUGUGGCAAAGAUACCAUUUAUUCCCCCAACCAGAUAAUCCAACAGUACAAAUCUUUGAAUCUUCUUAAAUUAAGAAAGAAUGUAAUAUAUUCACCUGCAAUUAUAAAAUAUGUGUGAUUAAUAUUGAUACUACUUGCAUAUUUAAACUACUUAAAGCACCUUUUUAUUAAUGAACUCAUAUGUCUCAUAACUCCUAUAUCUGUACUUACGUAUCAGUUUAUUUAUUGCCAAUGAAAAAAUAAUUCUAAGCAAAGCUAUGGUUGUACAUUUUUUAAAAGGCCAUAAUAUUUACGAUUUGAAAAUAAUAUGUUUUGUACAUUUUCUCGUUUUUCCCCAUUUAUUGUGAAACCCUCUUCGAUUUUUAUCUAGUUACGUCACUAUCUAAACACCUCUUUUUCAAUUUUCCAUUAGUACCUUUAAUCCUAAUAUACAUAAAUAUAUCUAUACCUCUAAAUUUUAACACGCUUUUUUGAAUAAAUGUGUAACAGAAUUUUAUAUUCGAAGCUCGGGUACUCCUGGACAUGGCUCAUUACUUCACUAUAAUACUGCUGCUGAGAAAUUAAUGUUUGUAGUAAAUAAAAUAUUAGAUUGGCGAACAUCAGAAAAGAUGAAACUAUCCCAAGGAAUGGACAUUGGACAAGUUACAUCUGUGAACAUGACAAUGUUGAAUGGUGGAAGCCAGCUUAAUGUAGUACCACCAGAAUUGUCAGCUGGUUUUGAUGUUCGAAUGGCUACAGAUGUUGAUUACCGUAAUAUAUUAAAUACCAUAACAGGGUGGUGUCAAGAAUCUGGUGAUGGUGUAUGGCUAGAGAUUUGCAAGAGAAAUGAACAAACUACACCUACUAAAUUAGAUGAUUCAAAUCCUUGGUGGUUAAAGUUUAAAAAUGAAUGUAACAAAAUGUAAGUGAAUAUAUAAUAUCUUAAGUCCAAAGGCAAUUUAGUUAAUUUCACAAAUAAAUUUUAAAAUUACAAAAAAGUAGGAAAAAUUAUAAAAAGAAUUAAAAAAAAUGUAGAUACAUAAGUUAUUUUUCCUUAAGACCAAAUUAUGCAAUAUUGUAUUUUGACAGUAACUUUAUAAAGUUGAAUACCUAAUGAUAAUUUAUUAAUAAUUCUGUCAAAUUUAUUUAUAAAGCACCUAGUAACAUUGAUUAAAAAUAUGUAUAAUAUAAUUCAAAUAAUAAUAUUUAAAAUCAUUACUAGCACAUAUAGGUACAUAUUAUGUCCCACCAAUAUUUCAAAUUCACCAUAUUCAACUUUAAAUCAAACUAAUACAUUUAUUAAUAGGUAAAUAUCAUAUAUAUUUUAAAUUAAAAAUUCAUUUUUUAAUAGUACAAUAGUUACUACAAUCAUUUUUUUUUUUUUUAUAAUUGAGUGAUAAUUUUAAUUUAAUUUAAUUCAACAAUAAGUAAUAUUUGUUCAACAUACAAAUCUCACAAGUUAAACCAUAAACUGAGUCCAUAAUGUUGUGACAUAAAAUGUACCUAUGUAUAAUAAUUAACAAUAGAUAUCUUUUUAUUUUUCAGGGGUUUAAAACUGAAACCAUCCAUUUGUCCUGCAGCUGGUGAUAGCAGAUAUAUAAGACAAGUAAUUAUACCCAAUAAUAAUUACCAAGUUCUAAUAAAUUUAUUUUCUUUCAAUGAAAUUUUAGCUUCAAAUGGUUAAUUAUAGAACACUAUAAAAUUUGUGUUCACAUUUAUUAUUUAUUUUAAAUUAAAAGCUUAUACACUUUCGAUAGACUUUAAUCUGUUAACCAUCUCCACAUUAUUGAUCUAAUCCUUAUACUUGAUGCUUGUUAUUCUAGAAAAUGUUGAAUGUUUUAAUGUUAAAUGUUUAUUACCUUUACUAAGUACUGAUAUCUAAAUACAAUUAUUAUGAAAAAAAUUACUAUGAUGAUUCCAAAAUAUUGAUAAUGGUCAAAUUCGUUUUCAGAUUGGUAUCCCUGCACUUGGAUUUUCACCAAUGACAUACACAAAAAUACUUUUACACGAUCACGAUGAAUAUUUAAACGAAAAAACAUUUUUGAAUGGAAUUGAUAUUUACUACAAUAUAAUUAAGGCUUUAGCAACUGAAUAA